UGGAGCUACAUAUUCUAAAACCUCACCACCUUUGAAGCCCUUCCUUCACUUUGAUUCUUCCUGUCUACCUAGGUUAAAAUAAUAGUAAUGCUCCCCUCUCUCUCCUCAAGAUCAAAUGCACCUGCACCAAGACCUCCCAUGAGUCUCUUCCUACUCAUCAUGCAUGUAUUCCCACCAUGGAAGUAUUAUCAAUAGUACAUUACAUGUACACACCUUCCUGACCAUCUAGACUGGUGGAGUGGUGGUUCUACUACUUGGGAUCCUGGCUAUAAAUGGCCGGCCAUGACAUAUGCAUGCCUCCCUCUACACAGCACACACCACCACACCACCACUGCCGGCCUCUCCCCUCUCCCCACUGCCAAACUCUUUUUGCAAGAGCUAGGCAAGGACUGAAGAACUCCUCUUCUUCCACCUCUAGCUACCUAGCGUUCCACCAGACCAAGAAGUUCAAGAGCAAGAAUGGCCACGCACCAUCUCGCCCAGGGGCACCCCCAGGCGUGGCCAUGGGGGGUGGCCAUGUACACCAACCUGCACUACCACCAGCAGCAGUACGAGAGGGAGCACCUUUUCGAGAAGCCGCUCACGCCCAGCGACGUGGGCAAGCUCAACCGGCUGGUGAUCCCCAAGCAGCACGCGGAGAGGUACUUCCCCCUUGGCGGCGCUGGUGGGGUCGCCAGCGGCGAUGGCAGCGAGAAGGGCCUGCUACUGGCCUUCGAGGACGAGGCCGGCAAGCCGUGGAGGUUCCGGUACUCGUACUGGACCAGCAGCCAGAGCUACGUGCUCACCAAGGGCUGGAGCCGGUACGUGAAGGAGAAGCGCCUCGACGCCGGCGACGUCGUGCGCUUCGAGCGGGUGCGUGGCGGCCUCGGCGCCGGCGACCGCCUCUUCAUCGGCUGCAGGCGGCGCGGCGAGAGUGCAGCACCGGCGCCGACGCCCCCACCGCCCGUGCGCGCCCCGGCACCGGCGCUGAACCCCGGCGAGCAGCAGCCGUGGAGCCCGAUGUGCUACAGCACGUCAGGAUCGUCGUACCCCACCAGCCCAGCCAGCCCCUACGCCUACCACAGCGACAUGGCACACGCAGGUGAGGCGGACGCCAAGAGCAGCGGCACGCCUACAGCGCCGUCGAGGAAGCUCCGGCUGUUUGGCGUGAACCUCGACUGCGGCCCAGAGCCGGAGCCAGAGGCGGCAAUGUACGGCUACAUGCACCAGAGCCCUUACGCUGCAGUGUCCACAGUGCCAAAUUACUGGGGCAGUUCAUAGGACAGAGGAGGAAGGAGAACUGAGGCCAUGCUUGCAGAAUCCUUACAACCAGCACUGAAGAACUACCGCUACUACAGCUCUGUAGUCUGUCUGUACUGAGUGACAGGUUUGAAUUGACCUGUGGAAUGAUAAGGAAGGGAGUGAGUCUGAGAGAGAUCCCUUGUUUCCCGGGCAAUCUUCCUUCCAUCACCCCAGAAUGCCCCUUUUUUCCUUGGCCUUGUUUAGUUGGGGAAUCUGGGAGGUGCCAAAUUACUGUUACAGCACUGUAGCACACUGUA